GAUAAGAUAAUUAAUGUUUUAAAUGUAUUUUUGUUUUUCAGUUCGCACACACACAUACGAUACCUAUGCACUCAUUUGUAUCUGAGUGUGAUUCACUCGCAGUACAGUUCGUAAAGUAAAUUUUGUAAGCCAAAAUGACAACUAAUGCAGAGAAGGACUUCUUUCACUUGAAUAUAAGUGUAAGCAAGGCUCUUAAGGGAAUGGAAACGCCAUUAAAGUCGAAACAUGCUCGCUCAAUUAUUAUAAUAAUACACAAAUCGAAGGAAGCAAGAAGCUUUUGGGCCAUUAUAACACGACAGCCCAUUAUGGAAAAUAGAUUUACGGCAUGGAAAUUCUGUCAUCUAUUGCAUAAAGUUCUAAGAGAAGGACAUAAAUGUGCUCUUCAGCAAUCCCAGAAGCAUUCAAAUAUGAUUUUAGAAAUAGGAAAGUUAUGGGGCCAUCUACAAGAUGACAUUGGCUACUGUAUAAAGGCUUAUAGCAAGCUUUUGGUAACUAAACUAAAUUUCCAUGACAAGAAUCGAAUGUACCCCGGAUCACUGUUGAUCACAUUUGCUGAGAUAGCAACGAUCGCCGAUAAGGAUUUAAAUUACUACUUUCAACUGUGUGUGGAAAUCUUCGACUAUUUGGAUGAUAUAAUUGCUCUACAAGUCGCUGUUUUUAAUUCAAUUAAUACGUAUCGCAUAUCAUCGAUGACGCAACCUGGACAAUGUAGAUUAGCACCAUUAAUAACCCUUAUACAAGACUCCAACCCAUUGUAUGAUAUCAGUGUCAGACUUAUGUUUAAGCUUCAUGAAAAGUUGCCCAAUGAUGUCCUUAGCGGUCAUAGGGAAAGGUUCUGUGGUAUAUUUGCUAGAUUAAAAUUGUUUUACGAAAAUGUUAGGCCCUUGCAGUAUUUCCAUGAUCUUAUUACGGUUCCACAGUUGCCAGAGCAGAGUCCAAAUUUUAAGUCACAAGUUGAUUUUGGCAGUUAUAUUCCUCCCGUAGUACAUGUUCAAUCAGAGCCAGAUCCAGAUCCAGUUGUAGAAGAUCUUGUUGAUACUCAUUCCGCUGAUAUUGCUGAACGGGAUCACGUCUUAAGUGAACGCAUUAAUGUCCUGGAAAAUAUGCUAGAAGAUAAAGAGGACACUAUACAGCAACUAAAGGCCAAACUUGAUGCUAGCAUUAGUCACUUUAAUGGAUUGGAACAGACUUAUAAGCAUAAUAUCGUGGAACUUCAAAGAAGUAACACUGUGUUGUGCAAUGAAUUGGAAUCAUCGAAAGAAAUGUGCACAAAUAUGCGCAUGCAAAAAGAUGAAUUGGAACUUCAAUUGACAAAUAAUCCAAUUUUAAUUCAAAAAGUAUUUGAAGAGGAAGAGAAACAAAAGUUAUCUUCAGAAAAGUUUAACAAGCUUAAACUUAUGUAUACACAAAUCAGAGAUGAACACAUAAAUCUACUGCGUACGCAUAGUGAAUAUUCCAAAUCGUUAAACAAAGAAAAACAAAUGAAUGCGGAAUUGUUAGAGCAGAUUAAGGAUCUUAACAACGAAAUCUUAAAAUUAAAUGAAAAUAUUACAGAAGAUAAAGAGAGUACUGUAAAGCUUUUGCAAGAAAUUGAAAAUCAGAAAACACAUUCGUCAAACCUUGAAACUGUUGGAAAAGAAAUGAAAGCAAAAUAUGAGGCUAUAAUAGAGAAAAAAGAAAAUGAAAAUCUUGAGGUACAUUCAAUGGUAAAUGUUCUAAAAGAAAGUGAAACUGAGCUUGGCAAUGUUAAAUUAGUUUUGCUAGAGAAAGAACAGAAGCUUGCUGAAGUGGAAUGUUCACUGAGUGUAAAAGAAAAAGAAGUUGUUGAAAAUCUUAAAGCGUACGAAGAGAAAUACUCUGAACUCUCAAAUAAAAAUAAAUUGUUAGAAGAAACUCUUCAAAAGGAUUCCCAAGCCUUACGCGGAAUCUUAGUUGAAACUGAAAGCAAGCUUCAACAAAAAGAAAAUGCCUUACAGGAUGCCGAAGCAUCUCUAACAAGAUUAAACGAAGAAAAAUUAUCGUCGGAGAAACUUUUGAGUGAUGUACAGAGUACAUUAAAUCUAAAAGAAAAGAAGAUUGUUGAAAAUCUUAAAACUUAUGAAGAGAAAUGUUCUCAACUGUGUAAUAAAAACAAAGAAUUAGAAGAAUCUUUUCAAAAGGAAACUGAAAUCUUGCGUGGCAUGUUAGGAGAAACAAAAAGCAAACUGCAACAAAAGGAAACUGCUUUACUGGUGGCCGAAACAUCUUUAUCUAGACUAAACGAAGAGAAAGAAUUAUCGAACAAAGUUUUAAGUGAUGUACAAUCUAAAUUGGUGCAACACGAAGAAGAUUUAAUCAGCGCAUCGAAAAAGAACGACUCCCUAUCAGAUCUAUAUCAACAAUGUAAGGACGCAUUACAGAUAAUGAGAGAUUUAACUAUUCAGACUGUGAAAGAAAUGUGCUCUUCUAAAUUAAAUGAUACGAUUCAAGAGCCCUUAGAAGGUGUGCUCAAAAUAUCCUCUAAGACGGAGGCUUUGCUAACCAAAUUGUUGUCAUCUGAUAAAUUAACAAACGACGGAAGCACUGAAAAGUUGCAUGACAUUUUAUAUUUAGGAUAUUAUUUUAUAGAACUUUACGAUUAUUGUGACAUGAUCUAUAAAUCUACAACAGAGAUUGAAAAAGGUCAAGAUAUUUUAAGCAAAGUACGUUCUAUAUGCCCAGACUUAACACGACUAUUCGAGCUAGUGCAAGAGAAUGAAACUAAUCCAGAAAUUAAUAGCGUUGGACAAAGGAUAAAAAAUAAAUUGACUGAGUUAAAUGGACUUGUUCGCGGAGUUAUGAACAAUUAUGAAAACAGCGUUGACUUGGAUAAACUUAUUCAAAUUGAACUUAAAGAAAUGGACGUCGCUAUUGAGGAAGCAGCAUCUAAAAUCAUUGACUUACUUUCCAAAUCCCGUGAGAAGGAUAGUAAUAUCAAACUGGAAGUUAAUGAAAAAAUAUUGGAGGCCUGCACAAGCUUAAUGGAGUGUAUAAAAGUUUUAAUUUUAAAAUCACGUGUGCUUCAACAAGAAAUUGUUUCUUCCCAAAAAGGUAAUGCUACAGAGAAUGAAUUUUACAAACGUAAUAGCCAAUGGUCGGACGGUUUGAUAUCGGCAUCAAAAAGUGUGGCAAAGGCUGCCAACUAUCUUGUUGAUGCUGCCAAUACUGCAAUUAAUAGUGAAUCUGGCCAAAAUUUCCAAUUAAUUGUUGCUGCCCAGGAAAUUGCUGCCUGCACUGUUCAGCUGGUUAUUGCCAGUAAGGUCAAAGCCCAUCAUGAUAGUCAAAAUUUGACUAACUUGACAAUUGCUUCGCGAAACGUAACGAAAGCAACUGGAGUUGUCGUUGCAACAGUGAAAGAUGGCAAUGCACGAACAGAGCAACAGCAGGAAAACGAGUUUUGUAAAUUAACACCAUCCCAGCUUAAAACAAUGGAAAUGGAUAUACAAGUUAAAGUAUUAGAAAUGGAACAGGCACUUCAAUCUCAACGUAUGAAGUUAUCCGCCUUCCGAAAGGAACAUUAUCAAAAAACAGAGUACUAAACAUGACGUAAAAUAUAAUAAUUGUAUUUGUUUGUUUACUUUAAGUUAAUAUACAAUUUGUAUAAGUGUAUAAUUUGUUAACUUGGUGCUGGAGUAGCAUUCCUCAAAGAUCGUUUAUACUUUUUCAUAAUAAUAUUAUUACACAAUAUUUAAAACAUUUAUAAUGUGACCUUGUUGAACUUCCAGAUGUUAGAGUACCAAUAUUAAAAAGUUGUCCAAAUAAACAAAUCUAACUUUG